CAUUUGAUGCUCCUAAUUCCUGAAUUCGGGUACGCUGCUGAGCACACUGUUCAAGUUCAGAACUGUUUACUUCCUCAGUAGUUCCGCCGAAAAUAUGAUGGCUUUUCGUUCCGGUGUUGAUGUGGAAUAGCCUUCUUAGCUUAUGAAAAUGGCCGUGCCUGCAGACGCCGUCCCUUCGUUGUUGCAGUGCCAGUGCCAGAUAUGCCUGGAAAUCCUAUUUGAACCUGUAACGCUGCCGUGUAACCACACAGUCUGUAAUCCGUGCUUUCAGUCGACUCUUGAAAAGGCCAAUUUAUGCUGUCCCUUCUGUCGCCGCCGGAUCUCUUCGUGGGCCCGCUAUCAUACCCGAAGAAAUUCCCUUGUCAAUAUGGAACUGUGGGAAACAAUUCAGAAAUACUACCCAAAAGAAUGCGAGCUUAGAGCCCGUGGACAAGACGCAGGGGAAAUCAUUGAUGACUGUCAGCCAGUGCGCGUACUAAGUUUGCCUGGCGAAUUAAGAAGAGAGUAUGAGGAAGCGGUGAGGAAGAUGGAGGCAGAGCGUCGAGCUCAACAGGAAGAAGAAAGCAAGGCAAGCGAAGAAUAUAUAAAGAAAUUAUUGGCGGAGGAGGAAGAAGAGGAAAAAAGGGAACAAGCAGAAAAAAGGAAAAGAAAAACGGAAGAGCAACGGAAAAGGGCUGAACAACUGGCAGGAAAACUAACUGUUAACGUUAACAGACUCUGUGAGGGAAGUAACUCCGCUUCUCCCUCAAAUUCCAGAAGAUCUAAUGUGGUCGUAAUCAAGCCACGAAAGAAAAGUAAGAGCUAUCAAAGAAUGUGUGUAGGAAAGGGAAGUUAAGGAAAUGUGUAAGGUAUUAAAUCAGAGUAUGUAAAACAUAAAGGAAAUAACACUCAUGAUUGUGUAAAAUAUUCCUGACAUUUUAUACCACUUUAUUACCUAAUUCACAUAAAAACACUGAGGAAAUGACUCUCACAUUGAGUGUUACACUUGAGGAUAAUGAAUCUCACAUUGAUUCACUAACUUGUCCAACAUCACACAGUGAAGUAGUUUAGAAACAGUGUCAUAA